AUGCGGCAGAGACCUCGACCCAGCCUAGCACGGCUGAAGCUGAGUCGUCGCCCCCGCCCGUUUCGGCAUCUGUGGCUACCACCGCACCUGCAAUCUCUUUUUCUCGCGUUAGAGUUGGGAACGGCAAUUUCAAACAGCGUAUUCUCAGUUUUGCCUGUCCCACUCCAGGUUGAUGUGACACACGUGCUGCAGAUGGUGGACAACACCAGGCUCACCCUCCGCAACCGUUACCUGAGUGACGCGGACAACUUCGGAGAGGGGAGCAACGAGCUGAGCGCAUUUUUGGCGAAGCAUGCGUCGUUGGAGAAGAGGGUGGUGAAGGUGACGGGCACCGACUCGACUGGGGCGCCAACCACUCAUGAGUACACCCUCCACGAGCAGAAGAUUAAAGGUCAGAAAUCUGGCAGGGGCUUGGACGACUGCAUCACACUGACGAAGGGGUACGUGAAGGAGCUGCUGAAGCGUUUGGAGAGCCGGAUGAAGGAUUUGGGCUCUCUCAAGGGCGCCAAGCUGUUCACGCAGGGGGCGUACCCGGAAUCUCACUCGAAGCGGUAG